GUCUCUGCACACCAAGCACAAACGUGUUUCAGUCUGUUGGGUAAUUGUUUGUGGGAUGUAAAGUGGAAGGAAAUCUGACGCCUUUUCCACUCUUGUAAGAAACAUCAAUGAAUGUGUUGAAUGAACGUAUCACUCAUUACGCAGUAUAUUAAUAAGUGCAGUGGGAGGUAUGAGGCCAGGUUCACUAUCGCUGGGAGGAGACCGGACACUCACCCACUCAGUCAAGCCAGAUAUCGGAGAGCUCACAACCACUAUCUCUCCCCAUCUCGGACAAAGCAUAACAUAACUGGACAUCACUUCGCACUAGAGACACUGUGCCAUUUCUUCGAAGAGGCAACAAGUAAGGGAUUUUUUUUCUCAAUUACAAAUCCCAGAUCAGUGAGGUGUGCGUGAUCGUUCCCAGAAAACGGCAGAAGGAUGAACAGCUUCGAUCUGGAUGAGCUGUUCGACACGUGGGAGGACCUGAACCUCACAGGCCUCCUGGAGAACGGGACGCGCGUGGAGAUGGGUGGCUGUCCCACAGCCUUCGACCGCAGCGCCCUGCUCUACUCCAUGUGCAUCCUCUAUGUCUUCAUCUUCGUGGUCGGUUUGGCCGCCAACAGCCUUGUCCUCUGGAUCAACAUCCGCGCCCAGCGCACCACCUCCCCUCGCCACGAGACCCACCUUUACAUCGCCCAUCUGGCGGUGGCUGACCUGUGCGUAUGCAUCACAUUGCCCGUGUGGGUGAGCUCCCUGGCACAGCACAGCCACUGGCCCUUCAGCGAGUUGGCAUGUAAGCUCACCCACCUGCUCUUCUCCGUUAACCUCUUCAGCUCCAUCUUCUUCCUGGCCUGCAUGAGCGUCGACCGCUACAUGAGCAUGACACGGCCGGCCGACAGUGAGGAUGGGGGCCGGCGCCGGAAGCUGAUUCGCCACGGCGUAUGUAUGGGGGUGUGGCUCCUGGCUCUGGUGGCUUCCUUGCCGGACACAUACUUCCUGCGGGCUCUGAGGUCAUCACAAGGGGAGGUAGUGCUGUGCAGGCCGGUGUACCCAGAGGAACACCCUAGGGAGUGGAUGGUAGGGGUCCAGCUGAGCUUUAUCCUGUUUGGCUUCAUCAUCCCCUUCCCUGUCAUCGCUCUGGCCUAUGCCCUCUUGGCCAAAGCACUCUCCUCCUCCUCCUCUUCCUCCUCGGCAGUGGAGCAGGAGCGUCGUGUGAGCCGCAGGGUGAUCCUGGCCUACAUAGUGGUGUUCCUCGGCUGCUGGGGGCCCUACCACGGGGUGCUCCUGGCCGAUGCCCUCUCCCUGCUGGGCCUGGUUCCUCUGAGCUGUGGGCUGGAGAACGCCCUCUACGUGGCGCUGCACCUCACCCAGUGUCUGUCCCUGCUCCACUGCUGCGUCAACCCCAUCCUCUACAACUUCCUCAACAGGAACUACCGCUACGACCUGAUGAAGGCCUUCAUCUUUAAGUACUCCACACGUACAGGCCUGGCCAGGCUCAUAGAACAGACCCAUGUCUCUGAGACAGAGUACUCUGCCGUCGCUGUGGAGAACACACCACAGAUCUGAGACUGAACUCUAGAACACACUCUGGAACUCAAAAACACAUCAAGGACAUUUAGAACAUAGUCUAGAUCAGUGGUCACCAACUGGUCCAUCUCCAAACAUUCACCAAACAUGUCUGUAAAAAGCCCAACGAGAAAGCCUUGCGUUCUUAAUUGUUUUGCUCUGUUUGCGGUAGGUGCACUUCAUUCAGCUGCCCUGCUUCCCAGGUAGUCGAAGUGUUCCCAUUUUUAAUAACUUAAGGUACAAACUCUGCCUACCCAGUUGUCGUGGAGAUCAAAUCAAGUACACCUAUAGGCAUACCGUUGGCUAAUCAGAUAUACUAUAUAUACACAAAAGUAUGUGGACACUCCUUCAAAUGAGUGGAUUUGGCUAUUUCAGCUACACCCGUUGCUGACAGGUGUAUAAAAUCAAGCACACAACCAUACAAUCUCCAUAGAGAAACAUGGGCAGUAAAAUUGCCUUACUGAAGAGCUCAGUGACUUUCAAUGUGGCACCGUCAUAGGAUGCCAUCCUUUCCAACAAGUCAGUUAGUCAAAUUUCUGCCCUACUAGAGCUGCCCCGGGAAAGAGUAAGUGCUGUUAUUGUGAAGUGGAAACGUGUAGGAGCAACAACGGCUUAGCCGAGAAGUGGUAAGCCACACAAGCUCACAGAACGGUCUGUCCUAGCAUUGCCUGUAUUCGAGCUGCAGCAAUGAUUGUACAUAGAGUUCACCCAAUAGCUACAUUAUUUUUUUAACUGCUAGAGGUGUGUGUGUGUGUGUGUGCGUACGGUGUGUGGACCUUAAAGUCCACUUUGUAAAUAGUUAGAAGGGCAUUGAAAUACUGUACAUAUAUUAUCAUUAUGAGAUUGUUUUUGUUCAACUUAAGAUAUAUUUUUGUACAUAUUAUAACAUAUUUAUGGUAUGCUUCAACUUUCCAAUUUUGUAUGUUUUUAAUCAUUGUGUUGUGGAUUCAGAAGUCCAUUUCAGUAAUGUCUAUGUGUUCAUAAAGCUGCCUCGUUGUAAAUGAGAGUCCCUUCCUCUGUGACACCAGUCCUGCUGUCUACUUCAAUCUCAUAAUACUUUGAACCUUUCCUCUUCUCCCUCCUUCUGUGACCCCUGACCUAGAAUGACCAGAGAGGUCCUGGAAUUGUCUCAGAAAAUGUUGAGUUUUCAGAACAGUGAUCAUUUAAGGAGGCGACAAGGAAAGGAAGCUAGGUAGGAGUGUUGACACAGCCUCGAUAUCUCUAUCACCACAUAUAGCAUAGCUGUAACUAUACAAUACGUUAUGGCUAAUAGAGAUUUAGAGAUCAUAGUGAGACACAUGUGCUUCAUAUGGCAUCAGGGACGCAGCAUCAGCACACAGACCACACCACAGCACAGACAGUGAGGGCUUUAUGACCAAUAACCAAACACAGCUUUACUGCAUCCAUGUGUAGGCAGCCACAGCCACAAUGCUGGACAGAUGUGUAUAAAUGCUGCAGUCUAUCAAUACGAAAAAGAGGAACUACAUUCUGAAUCUUUUAUUGGGAUAUAUCCUGUGUGUGUCUAUGUAUGUCUGUGAGUGCGAGAGAGACAGAGUUCGUAUGUGGGCGUGCAUGUGUCUGUGUGCGCGUGUGUGUCUGUCUUCAUGUUGUGUGCCACAGUACAAACAGUAUGACACACAGUGUUCCAUGCCAAAUUAUGAUGUUGGAUAUAGGGAUGAGCAUGAUUAUUUAAAUAUUCAAAUAUCCGAACGGAUGUUAGUAUUUGAAUACUUGUGUGAAUAUACAUUCCUGUAUAGGUCUAUUUUAAACACCCACAACAGUAGAAAUCAACUUCUCGUGCUGAAAGACGAUGACCAGAGCUUACCCGUGAUGUUGCACAAUGAUGUAAAUAAUUCAUCUUUUUAGUCAUAGUACAUUAUGAUAUAUUUGGGCUUGAAAUGCCAAAUCUGAAUGUGUGACUUCGGACGUUUCUGUGAGACUUAUGCGUUUUUUCUUAUGGGAUGACGUGCAAAUUCUUUACAGCCUGUUUUGUUUCAGAGCUGGGUUUUAUUUAAAUGUUACCACCCACCAACAUGGCAAUGUUAAUUAAUCAGAAACACCUGCUGUAAAGUUCUUCCUAUUCGCAAGUCAUCUGAGAGCCUGACAGCUUUUCUCUGUAGCAAAAACAGGGGUUUCUACUAGAUAAAACAGCCACAAAGUCAAAAUUGUCUAUAUUAUACAGAUUUGUGAAAACAAAAAUGUGCUUUUUGGUCUUCAUUUCAGGUUAGGGUUAGGCUAAGGUUAGCAGCGUGGUUAAUGUUAGGGUUAAGGUGAGAGUUAGGUUAAAAAUCAAUGACUUUGUGGCUGGGUGACGACCCUACACUUGACCGCCUUGCCAUGGAGCAAAUUAAAUUAAAACAAAUUAAUGUUUUUGCUUCUGCCCUUUUUUUUACAAGCAAAUUAUCAUAAUCAAUUGGAUAAUUUGUCAAGUUUCACUUAUUUUUCUGCUAGUCAACCACUAUGCGGAUGUCGGCUAAAGCGGAACUGAUUGAAUAGAGUCCUUAAGUUAAAAAAACACAAGUAUUUUCAAUAUCCGGAUAUCCAACAAAAAUGAAUGAUACUAUUCAAAUAUUGAACAGAUGUCAAACCCCUAUCCCUAGUUGGAUAUGUCCUAAACAUUUAUGUGUACAAUGCUAUUUCUGUCUGUGGUAGAAAACAUAUUUAUUUUGAUACUUUGUCAUGAGUCAUCGUGUUAUCUGAUUGGAUGCAUAUGUAUCCUAUUACAUUGUAAGGGUUCCAAUCCUAGCAGUGAUUAUUAAAACAAAGAAACAAAGACCGACAUGUCUACAAGAAGAGGCAUUCCAAUAUAUUUUAUAGAGAUAUUUUAUGUUUACUGUAUGUUAUGGAUUUUGUUACUCAUUAAAUACCAAAAAUGAAUACUAUGUCUGAAGAUCUUUUGCUUUGUGUUAGUACUUUAAUCACAGCUUUUUAAUUAAAGUAACAAAUGGUGAAAUUGAACCAUUGUUUAUUGCAUUACAGGACAGCUUUAGUAUAGCAGCUCUGACUGGACACCUCCGGUGGAUGAGGUGAGCUAUAUUUGAGCAAUAAGGCUUGAGGGGGUGUGGUACAGUGCAUUCAGAAACCAUUCACACCCCUUGACUUUUUCCAUAUUUGUUUACGUUACAACCUUAUUCUAAAAUGGAUUAAAUGUUUUUUUUCCUCCUCAAUCUACACACAAUAUCUCAGAAAGACAAAACAAACAUUUUUUUAAAAAUGUUUACACAUUUGUAAAAUAAAUAAAAAAUUGAAAUAUCACAUUUACAUAAGUAUUCAGACCCUUUACUCAGUACUUUGUUGAAGCACCUUUUGCAGCGAUUACAGCCUUGAGUCUUCUUGGUUAUGAAGCUACAAGCUUGGCACACCUGUAUUUGGGGAGUUUCUCCCAUUCUUCUCUGCAGAUCCUCUCAAGCUCCGUCAGGGUGGAUGGAGAGUGUCACUGCACAGCUAUUUUCAGGUCUCUCCAGAGAUGUUUGAUUGGGUUGAAUUCCGGGCUCUGGCUGGGCAACUCAAGGACAUUCAUAGACUUGUCCCGAAGCCACUUCUGCAUUGUCUUGACUGUGUGCUUAGGGUCUUUGUCCUGUUGGAAGGUGAACCUUCACCCCAGUCUGAGGUCCUGAGCGCACUGGAGCAGGUUUUAAUAAAAGAUCUCUCUGUGCUUUGCUCAGUUAAUCCUCGCCUCGUUUCUGACUAGUUUCCCAGUCCCUGCCACUGAAAAACAUCCCCACAGCAUGAUGCUGCCACCACCAUGCUUCACCAUAAGGAGAAUCUUGUUUCUCAUGGUCUGAGAGUCUUUAGGUGCCUUUUGACAAGCUCCAAGCAGGCUGUCAUGUGCAUUUUACUGAGGAGUGGACCUGUAGAACAGGUUGAUAUGCAGUUUUUCCAGAAAAACCAGGUUAAUAUAUACAGAUGUGUGCUCAGUAAGACAGUA